UCAGAUGCUCAAAGUAUCACUUGGCAUGAGCCCCCUCCAGUUGAGACUGUAACAGAUGAUAUACUGGUUCACACAAAUAACAUACAGCUUUAUACAGGGUCGCUUAACAAACGGCUGAACUGGACGUUUAGUCUAGCACAGGAUCCUGUUUUAGUACUUUUACAACUUGAUGGUUCCGGUUUAGCCACAAUAACACCAUCAACGUCAUCAGUUACAGUAGCUCAAGCCUUAUCCUCCAGAUUCAAUGUAACCUGGGUCAGUGGACAUGUAACUCUGAUCAUUUUCAAUGUUAGCACUGCUGAUGAAGGGGUGUAUAGCUGUCAGGUGACUGCUGCUAAUGUGAAAGUAUGGAAGCGCAACAUUAAAGUGGCUGUUGUAGGUAACUACAAGGUUAUUGUUUAAAUUGUACUGUUCCUUUAGUAACACAAUCCCUCAUGCAUUCACGUACAUAGUGGCAGAUUAAUUUGUUGAACUCAAAUAGCAAGUGCAAUAGAUAAGGUAAAAGAAUAAUAAUUCUAAUUAUUUUAUUCAUUCAAAAUCUUAAUUGAACAGCUGAAAAUCCCUAGUUUUCUGUACAAAAUUGAUUUUUUUUGGCCAAAAUUGCACGUCAUGAUAAUUGCAUUAUACUAUUUUUAGGACGAUGACGUUGUCGAUUUUUGAUUUUAAAUAUGCCAGUCACUACAUUGGAAGUGCCAAAAUUAAUAUUAUCCACCAAUAAACUAUACUCAACGCUAUUAAUUUUGUACUUGUUCAUUUAUUUAUAUGAAACAUGUCUUUAAAAUGGUAUAAAAAUUAUUCAUUUUGACAUUGAUUGUUAUUAUGUCUUAGUCCCAGCUACCAUCACCAAUGUAAGUAAUGACAAACCUUUGCUUGAGGGUUCAGAUCUGCAGCUGUUCUGCAUUGCAUCUGGCAGACCAGCUCCAAAUAUCACCUGGCGGAAAAUCUUCCCAAGUGGUAGUGAGAGUAACGUACUACACAGGGGUAUCACCUGGGAUUUUAAAAAAAUUAACAGGACUGAGGCUGGCACUUACCGCUGUAUAGCUAGCAAUGGAGUAGGAAAUCCAGUGAGCCGUGCACUACGAGUUUAUGUAGAAUGUGAGUACAUGUAUAUGUACAUGCCUUUUUCUGGACAUGAUAAUAUGAAGAGCUGAAACUUACAAAAAGCCAAUUUUAAGGCUGGGCACCUUGUAGCCUUCUGAUCCAGAUAAUAAAUAUAGCUUGCAAAGUCAGGCAUGCAUAAAAGUUUUAGUUUCGGGGUUAAGAGGUUUCUGUGGUUCAUUCAUUCAACACAAGUUAUUCUUUAAAUCUUAAACAUUUUCAUACAUGUACUGCAUGUAAGAUCAAAGUAUGACAAGUCAGUAAAUAAUAAAAGUAAUAAAAAGUUUAUCAGAACCAAGCUGGGAGGAGAUUCCCACUAGCACAAAACACUCAGCUACUACCAUUAAAAAAACAACAAUACUGGUGAGUUUACUGUACAGUGUAGCUUAAUUCUUAUAGCUGAGGUAAAUGACUGACCAAAUAAGUCAUAUUAAUUACUGUAUUUCCUUCCAUUCAAAAUAAUUAGAAGACUAAGUUCCUUUGACCACUGCAGACUUCUCCAAAGACUUUCACUAUUCUUAUAAUUAUCUUGUAUCAUUUCGUCUCGUCUCCGUUAUUUUAUUCCUGUCAUACUAACUGUCUGAUAAAUGUAAAGAUCAUUAGUAGUCCUGAACAGGACUGUUAUUGACAGUGACUGGCAUUUCAACAGGCUGAGUGGUAGUCAUCUUUAGAGUCAAAUUGAUUUGUAUCACAUCAGUUGAUGGUUUUAGGCGUUGGUUAUUGACCUUGAUUGGUCAAUUAGGUCGUGAUGUUAUUAGCCGUCUUUCAGUUAAGCUGUAAUGCUCUUUGCAAGGAAGACUCGAAAUACAUUGUUGUCUUAUUUCGAUUGUCUAUUGUCACCCAAAUUGUCGGUUGUCCAGUCCUCUCAUGGUUAGUUUUGCUCGUGUCCAUAAAAAAGUUGUUUAUAAUUAAGGUGCCGGUAACUUUUGACUAAGGUUCAGUAGGGUUUGUUAUAAGUUAAUAAACCAGCUUUGUAACGUGAGUCGUUGAUGGCCAUCUAUAUUUCACUGAUUCUCAGUCGAUUUAAUGUUCUUUAAAUCGUGCUCAGCAAUAUAAUGUGAUCGUACCGUCACCACUUUUUGUCCCUCAUUUGCGUCAGUCAAUCGCAUGCUAAGGUUUCUGCCAGUUUCACCAAUGUAAUGGACCUGGCAGACGCAACAUUUGAUUUGUAUACUACUCUCUAUCUGUCCUCGGUUUGUCUCUGUCCUUGACGUUAGUAGUCGUAAUUUAACACCCCCCUGAUUGAUGUUCUGCCAUUACUCACUUUUUUGUUCCAAAGCUCGUCCCUAGGUCUUCUCGGUUAACGGUUCAACAAUCUGCAACUUUUCAUUUGUUGCUGCCAUUUUGACGUCAUUGGUUCAAUAUGGCAAAUAUCUUCCAAAUAUUGUCAACAGUACAUGUACAUGUAGCUGGUCAUGAUGAAUUAUGUAUUUGGUUUUAGCCAAUCAGCAACGGAGAAAUAUUUUGAAUGAAUAAUGUACUGUGUAUCAUACAUGUACAAUGAAAGACACUACAAACAGUUACACAGUACAGCUAUGGGCUCUCCAGUUUCUGUUUUUGUAGCAGAAAUUGUUACAGCGCAUAACAUGAAGGAACAAGCCCUAGCUACAUGUACUUAUACAUGAACUAUUCCUCUUUGGUUAUGCUAUGUUGAGGACACUUUUGCAGCUGUGGCAAAGAGAUAAUUGACAAUUUUCAUGAACACGUUAUCGGACAGAUCGGGGACAUACAGUUUACCAAGGAGAUUGAGGAAUAUGGUAAAUACUGUAUGUAAUUGUACGUAAUUAUUUCUUUUCAGUUAUUACUGAAAUCUAACUUUUUAGAGAAUGGAGAGUAACUGACUAUUUAUUAUUUUUUUUAAUCAUUAAUUCAUGUAAACAAUCAGUUCCUAUUUAUUUAUAUACUUAUUCAUUGUUUUUUGUCUGUUCAUUUACCAUGAUAGUGGUAACACAUGAGGCCUUUACAUGACUUCACCGGAUAAAAUUAUACAUUUCAGUCCUUUCAUACGUGUACUUGUGUAAUCAUGGGUUGUUAAUCUUUUAGUGGACAAAAAUGUGUCUGACACUUGAAAACUCUUUUCCAUCUCAGUUCCUCCGAAAAUCACUCUUCAAAAUACGCACUAUGUUGGGAGAGAAAAAAGUGUGUCGCUUGACUGUAAGGUUGAUGGAUACCCCAUACCUACAAUAACUUGGACUCCAUGUAAUGCUCAAGAAAAUGUGUGUGAUCAGAGCAUGCUGAAUAUUUCAAAGGUUCAAAAUGAUGGGGUAUAUACCUGUACAGCGAAGAACUGUGUGGGCAAUGAUAGUGCAAGCACCAGCCUUGGUAAGUUUUUUUAUUUCAUGCGUGCCAGCUUUCUGUGCACAAUGUUUUUUCUAGUUCUAAGAUUGAUACCAUUUUCCCCUUCCAUUGAUGAGAAUAUUACUCCAUAACUUUGUCAAAGUAUUAUGAAUCAACAAGGUUGACAUUUUUUUGUUAUAGUUUUAAUAAAUAAAUAUAAUAAAUAUAGUUUUAAUAAAUAAAUUUUAUUAUUAAUGAAAGGACAGAAAGAUAAAAAACCAGGUGUCAAGUUGUUAAUGGUCAUUAAUGUAUCCCUGGCAUUUUUUGUUGGUAGACACCCCCUUCGAGCAUUGCUUGACUUUCAUUUAACCUAAAUUUUCAAAAUUGCAUUCUCCAAGACCCGGUUUUCAGUUUUUUGGGUUUGGAAAUGGGUGCAGGGGGGCAUGAAACAAAACCCGGGAUUAUUGGCCAUUAACUAUUUUCCGCCUUGUUAGCACAAUGUUUUUGAAAUUCGUUUGUCUUAUUUAUCCUUUAAAAGCCAAAUUAUUUUCAUGUUCCAAAAAAAAAUGUUAACAGUAUGCCGUGUGUCCCCGCUGUUUUCCCAAACUCUUUUAUUGUAUGAAUGUCAAUAUCACUUUGGGCUCACAUGAGGGGGCUGCUGCAGCAAAUCAGUAUUAAAUACUUUUAAUUCAAAAAAUGUCAUCUGUUUGCCCAUGUGAUUUCUCGCCCACUGUUUAUUCUUGUGUAAUGUAACUGAAAAGCUUUCAACUUAAAUGUUCUUUAGUACAAAGUUCGGAUCUCUUCAAUCAUAUCUGAAAUUUUCUUGAAAGAAAUACAUUGAAUUGUUAACAGCACUAGUGUUGCGUUAAACAUAGAACUUGGGAUUCGCACUGUGUAUGUACUUUUAUUUCGAAAAUACAAUGCAAUCUAAACUGCAAAUUUAUUCCUGUGAGCUUGGUAUUUUGAGGUUUGUACUUUGGGAAGUGGAGGAAGUUCUGUGGAAUUAAUACCCAGUGCUCAAGAAACCUCAGAUACAGUGUCAGUUUUAAUAACGAAUAACGUCGCAACAACUGACUGUCAUAAAGUAGCCUGAUGAUGCAUUCCUUCUCUAUCAGUCAACCAAUCGAUGGAACCUCCAGUCUUCUAUUAUUGCCCGAGACGACGAGUAUUCUUGUAUUAUUCGUUAGGGAUAGUCGGAUGGCAAUUAAAGUCACUUCUUUCACUGAGAGUUGUCUAUCUAAACAACGAAAUGGCUUUUUUAUUAUAAAGGCCCUCGUAGCAGGGUGACGUAUCUCCCAGUCUGCCUAAGUCAACAUUCAACCUGUUUUUCCUAACAACUUUAUGGGUUCUAAAAUACUCAUAAAUUGCGUUUUUAAAUUUAACAUUAAUUCGUAUCGAUCAUAUAGUGUUAUAUUUUAUUAAGUAUUUAUUUACAUAUUUUUCUGUUAUUUCCCUCAACCGAUCGGAGCCAAGGUCAUAAACUUGACUCUCACCAUUACAAAUAAAGAGUGCAAAAAAGAUGAUCAGUCCUUCUGGCAGAGUCUAAAGGAAGCGGUAACUGAUCAUACCUUUUUUAAAACUGUAUUUAUUUAGUUAGUUCGCUAUGUGUACAAGUGAUACCGGUAUGUGUACAGUCAACUCUCUUGUAAGCGACCACCCUUGAUGCACAACACCUAUUAUUUCAUGAAUCACACAUUUUCUUUUGUUAUUCAACAUCCUUUAUUUAACUUACAUACUUCAUGAAUAUUUAACUAACUGAAAGUCCGGGGAGGGCUUGAUAAUGUAGCAGGGAACAGCGGGGCUGAAUAAAUUGCUAAUUAUAAAUGCAAGGACAAUAUCUAUAUAAAUACCCGGGAUUUAUUUGUAUAUUGCCCUGCUGCCCUGGGCAAUAUACAAAUAAAUCCCUUCCAUUUAUAAUGAGCAAUUAAAGUAAAUCAUACACCUCCUUUGACCCCGCCAAACAUUCUGAUAAAAUUUCUCCCUUUAACAAAUAUAGAAAUUUAUUCUGCAACUAUAGAAAAUACAGUAGUAUCCCAUAUAUCAUACAGGCUAUGUGUUCACUCUAAGAAAAUUUUAAGUCUGAUAUCUCGGUGGCCCGUACGCUCCAUAAUCAACUUAUCUGAGAUGCCUUUUUCCAGUCCACGUGUUGCUGUUGUGGCCCUCAGACUGUGAUUGCUGAAUUGGCCCUGUAGGUCUGCGUCUUUACACAUUUUGCUAACAACGUUUCCAAGCUUGUUAUGUCCAACAGGAGUCGAUGUAAACCAAACUGCAAAAAUUAACAGUGAAAAUAAAAAUAUUAAACAAAACUGAAACUUCUAAUUACCCUCCCUGGCUUGCGACCAUUAAAACUGACUGACAUUUUUAUCCUCUUGCACCCGAAUUGUAAAUGAUCUAUAUUUAUAGGUAUCAUACCUUCAUCCGUAGACUUGUAUUUCUGUCGUGGAGUGAGGUAGAAUACAUUGUUUUCUAAAUUCUCCCACUAACUCUUCCAAAUUCAACUCAGGGGAAAAAGGCUCCUGAGAGAAAGUAUUUUGCGUUAGGAAAAUUUCGUCGUCACUAUCCAUUGCCCCUCUCACAAGUGUACUGGCCCCUCCAAAAAAUACCAAGACAAAAGUAAAAAAAAAACAAAAGGUUUGAAAUUUGAUUGUUGUCGGCUUAGCAAACAAACAAUGCGCUAUUGUUCUCCGUUUCUCACCUAAGUGAGAGCAAGUGGUUUGAACAAAUUAUGACCCGUGAAACGCCCUUUUUCGAUGCUGUGUGAAAACCUUUACAAUACUUACAAUGAAAUACGUGAUUGUCUGCGGUCGGAUCAAAAAAUGACAAACAAACAGAUGUCAAAAACAAGUAGCCAAUUAUUGCCCUGUGAAAGACGACCUUUAUGUAACCUAUACCUCAUGAAUAAUAUCAUGAAAUAAGUUAGAUAAACCCCUCGAACGUCGGUAUUAAUCCAUAUACAUACUGAGGGCCGUAUAUGGCUUAAUACCUCCGUUCUCAGGCUUUAUCUCUUACUUACCUAAUAUAUAGAUUUAGCCAGGGCCAAGCGAAGUUCCCAUUAAUAAAUUUAUAAUUUAAAUCAAACAAUAAACUUGUAAUCCACAAAUUAGUUAAAUUAAAGGCACAUUCAUGUGACUUAUGAGGGAAAGGCUAAGUGAUUUUAGAGUAAAACAUCUUACAUCGAGCUGAUAACCUUUUAUGUACCCUCCAAAAAAGCAAUCAUCUUCGAUCACAUUCAAGAGCCAUAAUGGCUCUUGAUCACAGUAGAUUAGGUCUGGUCAAAAAAUUCUUGGAGAACAAAUCAGGCCGAAUUUUUUGCGUUUGACAAGUUUACUUUACAAAAUCUUGCCAACAAAUCUAGGGGUGUGUAAACCAACCUUUUAUACUUUUUAUACAUCACCUCUGAGGUGAAACAGUUUCGCAACUUUUCAAGACAAAUUGCACUCAGUCAAUAUUCAGGACGAUCAAUAGUGGGCUUUUAGCGAAACCGUUUAAAAAAUUUCCAAAAUCACCUAUACAGUUUAUCACAGCUCGCACUGCAAAUUUGGCGCCUCUCAAAAGUGAGAACUUGUACGGCCAGCCGGUUCUCACUUUUGAAAAGUGCCAAAGUUACAGUGCGAGCUGUAAUAGAGUGGCUGCGGAGCACCAUGGGUAAGAAAAUUUGGUAAACUAUCCAUCCCAGAAAAUUUGGUUAUGACGUAGCGUACGCCCGUCCGUACACACACUUCAAGUAAGCCGAUGUCAAAUGUCAAAAUAGAUCUUGCACAACUUGACAAGCCUCUUAGUUAUGUAAGCCAUCCGUAUGAGUACGAUUAGAUUGACAGCUGUCAAAAUCAGACAUCUGCUGACAAUUAUCACAUGACCGUCUCGCGGGCUCAGAUAAAAGACCAGUCGUUUUGCCCCUAUAUAUAAGCUGAUAUAAUAUGUCACACUUACCAAUUCAGGCUGGCUGGCUGACAGUCGUUUAAAGUUAAAUUGGCAGGCCAAAUUAAGGUCAAUUGACAGCUGUCAGAAUGGGACAUGUGCAGACCGCUAUCAGAAAACUAAUAACGAGGGCUCAGGUUCUCUCAGGUACACGAUCUGGCAUUUUCCACUACAUGCCGGCCGGAAAUGUCCUACUCACACUCGUAGUCUGUUAAUUCGAAUAUUCGCCGUUGUAAUGAAGGUUAAUUGACAACUGUCAAACUAGAGGAUACACUGACCAUCAUCACCUGAGUGGAUCGCGGGCUCAUUUUUCUAUCUAUUGAGGUCACGUAGUGUUUAAAGUUUUGCGCUGAUAUUUUAUUUGAUCACGGGCUCAAUUCGAAGCCCCAUAGCUUUAUAGAAUUUCUAUCCAUCCUAGAAAAGUCGGCAGUCACGUGACCGUGCACCGACCACCCGACUUUCCGUCCGUCCGCACCACAGGCAAACCAAUGUUUAAUCUCACACUUUCUAGCUAGUUUGGGAGCCUGCAACCUGAUAUUGUACAUCCACGUUUUGAUUAAUUGACAGCUGUCAAAACAGUGUUUCUGCUGACCAGUAUCGCCUGACCGUAUCGCGGGCUCAGGUAUCGACCCUCUGAGUUCGAGUAAUAUUUGAAAGGUAUUCGCUUAGAAGUUGCUACUUUUAAAAUGAUCGCAGGCUCAAGUUCAAUUUUUUUAAAAUGCAUAUGAAAUAAGUCGUGUUUCAUGAGCCGCACUUUUAAAAUGUUGAUUUCGAACUGAUCUCGGACACAAAAAUUCAACCGGCUUUUACAUUUACACGCAGGGAAGGCAAUCGCUUUUGACUUUUCUCACUGUCACGCGUUGAUCACGCUCUACGUCCAAUUUUUAUGUUCUGAUUGGUCAAAAUUUGACAGGUGAGUUUAUGCGAAAAAUUUUUGCAGCGUCUGGAAACUUGCUUACUGAUAGCUGGAGCUGAGAGAGUUUUGUGUCAUCUUGUGAUGUUUUAAACUGUCUUUUUCUACUUGGUGUACAAAAUGAAAUACGGCUGCUAUCAAGAUUGUUCUGUAAUUCGUGGCUGGUUUGUUCAUUGCGCUUUUUGUUGACAAAUGCACCGCUUGUCAAAGUCAUUGGAAAUCAGAUUUCGGAUGGCAUCGUUUUCAAAAAUGAGCUUACUCACUUGCCCUUGCUUGAGGCGUUAAAAGGUUGAAAAGUCUCAAGCGAUUCUGGAACACUUGAUGACUUUCAGAAGCAGCAUCUCGACUGGUAAGCUUGAGCCAUUAAUGUUUUUGAUGUUUUUUUUUUUCGGUUUCCUGAAGUCGAGCGUAUGGUUUAUGCGGCUUAAGUUAAAACACGAGCAAUGAUCUAACCUACAAUAGUAUCAGGUUUAAAAAGCCUUUAGACAUUUUUUGACCCGCAAAUUCAAAGAAAAGGUUUCGAAGAUUAUUUAGUUAUGAUUUUGGCUGUAAACAGAAAGCUCUGAUCGAUUUUCUUGCCUCGAGUUCAUCUUGAAAAAGAGCGAACACCGGGAAGCCGGCUUAAGGUGGCUCCGUAAUUAAUACAAGAGGAUUAAGCUGUGACAAAUUUUCCGUCAUAACGUUUUCGAUUUUAACGCGAGGGCUGCCAAACUUUGCAAAAAACAACAGAUAUCAUUUGGCAAUAACACGAAAUAUUCCGAUCUCAUUGAAGGUAAAUAUUUCUCGAGAAAUUAGCGCUUAAAAGGGCCCUACUGUUCAAAGAAUAUCGCAUCUAGUAAAAAAUUUUGCAGAUAUUUUUUUCUGAAAUUUCUGGUAUUGGCUUUAAUUAAUAUAAUAAAUAUGCCAGAGGAAUUUCAGAAAAAUCGUUGGAGCAGAAGUCCGUAACUCAAAGUCGCUCAAAAUUCAGCUGUGAAAUUGUUUUGGAAUUUCAAAAAUAAAUUACUAUCAGGAAGAAGGAGACACCAGUUUCAAUUUUCGGGACAAGUAAAUUCAGUGUUUGCUAACUCUGAAAACAGAAGCCGAUUGCCUAUCGUGCUAUUCUUUAAAAGGUACUUUUCAAUUUUAGAAGCACUAUAAAUUGCUCCAAACUUUGCUCUGACGUCGAAUGACUUGUUCCUCGACAUUUUUAAAAUAUCCCUAGGCAGUUUUGGUUCAAACUCCUGCUACAUACAUUUUGAUGUAUUGCAAUGCAUCCUCAACGGCUUUUCCUGCUGUACGUUGCUUCCAAUUCAGGAAAAAGGUAUUGGGAUUGUAAGCUACCUUGUAUCAAAGCUCAGAUAGGACUGUCCAGCAUCUUUGUUUAGGACUACAAAAUGAGCACGAGCGGCUGCUCUGCGAGGAAUUCGCACCUCAGCCAGGGGGGACGAAUGACAAUGAUGCCCAUGUCUGUGAACCGAUCUGUACAAACAUGUAUUGCAGAGCAAAACAUAAUAAUCAAGAAAAAAAAUACCCAUUCAUUAAAGGAAGGAGUGACAAAAAUUUCAGAGUUUUAAAUUUAUUCACGGGCAGUAUUUUUGCGAUAAUUUUAUUUUGCACUGUGAUGUUAUUCGGUUCACCGGCAUGGGCAUCAUUGUCGUUCGUCCUUCCUGGGUGAGGUGCGAAUUCCUCGCCGCUCGUGCUCAUUUUGUAGUCAUAAACAAAGGUGCUGGACAGUUCUAUCUGAGCUCUGAUACGAGGUAGCGUUCAAUCUCAAUACUUUUUCCUGUGUUGGAAGCAACGAACAGCGGUAAAAGU